AUGGAUCAAGCUAAAAAAAUCGAUGAUGAUAUCUCGGCACAAACUAGCACUUUUGGUACUUGCUUCGUUAAUGAUGAGAUUACUGAACUACCAAAAAUUGAUACAGAGGUUAAUUCCGAAGUAAAGGAUAGAACUAGCAUUAGUGAAAUUAACAAGGAUGAUAUACUAGAUAUAUCGAUAAAACCCAAUACAUCACAGAUUAUAUCUGAAAAUGUGACUCCACACCUUAUACAACCGGAUAAUAAUAUGUCCGCUUUAAUUGAAUCGAAUUCUCAGAUGAGGCCUAGUCCCGAGGCUUUGCCUCUUCCGAUAGGAGGAAUAGGAGCGAUCCCUGUUAUGACAAGCACAUUGAUGUCACCUUUAUCAGCAUAUAUUUUUCUUACUCUGUUAAUUAUUGCAGUUAUGUGGUUCGUGGUAUUGAGACGUACAUGGAAUAUAGGUAGGCUCGAAGAGUCAUUGCUCCGCGGGCCCAAAGGGGCGACCCUAAAAGGGUCAUAA